CUACAUUAGUCAGCGAGAAUAUUAUUAUUUUUUCUGGAAAACACGACCGAGAAACACUAACUUUUGAGAAGUAUGCUGCUUCUGAUGCUCUUGCAUUGUCGGCAAAACUGGACAUUUGGGAAAAUAUGCUUGAAGAGCUUGUGGAUGAAAUUUCCUACAUUCCAACUUCCAUGAAGUCAGGCACGUGUUUCAACAUAUCCCGAAGGUCCUUGGAGAAAAAAACGGGUCAACUGCUUUAUUUGCGAAGCAAUAUAAAUCUCGUCUCCCAUUUGCUAUCGCCGCCUGACUUCUACUGGGACAGACCGCUUCUUGAGAGUAUCUACACAGCUGUGUGCAACCGGCAGUUAGAUAUCGAAAGUAGAACAGAAGUUGCUAACAAUCGGCUUACUCACACUGGCGAGCUGCUGGCUCUUCUGCGCGAAAAUAAACAUUACCAAGUCGCGGAGAGUUUGGAAUUGGCCAUCCUCGUCCUCAUUUUUGUGGAAAUAAUUCUUGAAGUCUACAGACAUUAUCAAAAUUUAUAA